AUGCUCACCGCCAAGAUGAACGCCACUUUUGCUCGGGCCACUGGUGUCCCCACGACCCGCCGUGCGCAGCGCGCGGCGAUCCGGGUCCGCGCCGAGCCCGAGAAGGCCCCCGAGUCCCCCGAGGCCGUCCCGGAGGAGGCUGCCCCGGCCCAGCCGCGCCCGCUCACCGCCGCGGACGAGCCCGAGGUCACGCCCGAGGCCAUCAACCCUGUCCAGAAGGGCGUCAUGCCCGACGCGCCCACGGAGCCGGUCGUGUCCGGGCCGCCGUCGCUGUUCGACGCCAUGAAGUUCUCCGGCAUGGCUCCCGAGCUCAUCAACGGCCGCCUGGCGAUGCUGGCGUUCGUGACGGCCGUGGCCGCGGAGCUGUCGUCCGGGAAGACCAUUUUCCAGCAGCUGGACCUCGCCACGGGCCCCGUCGCUGGCACCAUGGUGCUCUUCGCCGCUGCCAGCCUGGUGCCUAUCCUCAAGGGCGCCGACGACGGCACGCAGUCCGUCGGGCCGCUGAACCGCACGGCGGAGAUCUGGAACGGCCGCGUCGCCAUGAUGGGCCUGACCAUGAUGACGGUGCUCGAGCUCAACACCAACAAGCCCGUCUUCUAA